AGGCAUCUCGUGCCGCGAGCGAACAUGGCUGCUGUUAUGUUUAUUCCUGUGGACCACAGGUUGUCGUAAAGUGUGCCGCGUGUGUCACGUUUAUUUGAUAGUUCAUAUGUAGAGGAUGUCAGACAGGGGACACCUGUCGUACAUUUAGUGUGGCUUGCACAUCGUCGCUCAUAGGAUUAAUCCGGGCUCAGUCAACAUCCGCCCGGAACAUGUUCAUGGCUGUCUCUGGUUUUCAUUAGGCCAUGUCUGGUCCUACACGGCAACGAUCGUUUCGGGAUAGGCUGCAUGGUAUUGGUCUCUCCUGGCAGGGCAAAAGGGCAGACAGCUGUAAGACACCCCACACGUGUUCCGUGAGCAGUGGAUCUAGCUUUGACUGUCACGGGUACGUGAACCCUCUGGAACUGGUGCUGGACGCCAAAGAAGGGGGAAGCUCAUCUCGAGGAGAGUCCAAGCCUUGCCGGAUUCAACCACCUGACACUGGCGAAUAUGUGGUGAAAGCAGAGGACACGCUAGCAGGCAUUGCUGCCCGCUUUGAGUGCACUCCAGGGGAGCUAACGGUCCUUAACAAGCUCACCACCAGGCUCAUCUUUCCUGGCCAGGUACUCUAUGUGCCCAUCCAUGGCACACCUUCCGGAGGAGCACCAACUAGGGUACCCACUGUCUCUCCAGGGGCUGAACAGUACCUUAAAGUGAGCAGUCGGCACAUAACAGAUGGCCAAGGUGUUGUAUCUGGGAUGCUGCUCGUCACUCCUAACAAGCUCAUGUUCAUUCCCAACGUGUCUGACCCCCUCGUGGUGGAGCAUGGCAGUGAAAUCUAUGAAGUUUCUGCCCCAAUGGAUUUGGUGGUUGCAGCUGCCCUGUACAAUGACAUUGCUCACAUGCGCGUGCAGCACCGACAACCAACGGACAAAACACCAAAAGCAGAAGUAUUUCGUCUUCCUCCACUUGUGAAUAUGCCAGUGGUGCAGCAGUGUGCUGCAGAUCUUAAGAACACUCAAAAUUUGGCUGAUCAAACUAAAGACCUGGACCAAGAGUCAGUGGCUAGGCCUCCACAAGAAAGCACUAUUCCUGGUUUGAUGCUUGAUGAUUCACAUUCCCAAAACCUUUCUCCUGAGGUAGCAUCAGCGACUCCUAGUGCAGUGUCACACCGCAUCGAAAUUUCACACAGUGUCCCACUGCACACAGAACCUGCACAGACAAUGACAGCAGAAGCAAAAUUCCCACAUGCAGCAAUCCAGUGUGAAGUGUCUUCACAGGCGCAGUCCCCACUUGCAGAAGUUCCACAUGCAAACCUGCUGCUGAGUGAAUCUUCGCAGGCUGAGCUUUUGCAGUCAGAGCUCCCACAGGCUGAACCCCCAUGUGCUGCAACCCCCGAAUCUGAAUCACCGCAUGCUGAACUCGGACAACCUGAACCCCUGCCAUCUGAUUACUCAGAGACCGAACUUUUGUAUGAUGAAUCGCCACGUGACAAACCCCUUUCAGCAGAAGUCACACCGGAAGAAACAACACCUGCUGAAGUAGAACAAGUUGAAGCCACAUUGGCUCCAAGUUCGCUUGCUGCUGUACCCACCCAGGAUGAAACCCAACUUUCUCAGCCUCUGCAGUCAGAGUCCCCUCCUGAAGGUGCAUCAUGUGGCACUCCACAAGAUUGUUCUUUUCAUCUCACUGAAGGCUCCUCCACAGCAAAGCAAAAUUGUAAAACACUAUUAGAUGACACAGCAGAAAACACUUUCUGUGACAAGACCACUAAUGCUACAAACAAUCCCAUACUUCUGAGCAGCUCCAUCAAGUCAGAUGACAAAUUAGAAGCAAUGCACCUUUUCAAUGUGGACACGAAGACAAAAGUGAGUGAGACAAAUGAAGACUCAAUAGGUCCGGGCACCUUGGAAGAUGGUCUGCCAACCAUAUCCAAGAGCCAAGCCAAGCAAGGAACAGCAGGGAGUCCUGGAGGCACUUUGACGUACAACAUGUGGCUGAAGAACAUGGUGGAGGAGAAACCUGAACUCUUUGCAGCUUUGGAAAAGCUGGGAUUCUCCUUCGACAAACACGAGCUAGUGCCUCGUCCAGCUCAGGCAUCAGAAGCUCCGUUGCUCUACCUUUGCUUACGCAUGGGAAAACCUCGUGGGGGGCUUCGGGACCCACGACUGCACUCACAGUACUGGUUUGGUAUUCCACGACCAAGGGUAGAAGAGUUGUACCGCUUCUUGGAGAAGUGGGCACCUUCUAUAUACGGUGACGUGGAAGAAGCUGAUCCCAGUGCUCGAGGUUUAGAGCUCUUUGAUGAUGAGUCCCCAGAGCCUCCUGCAGUCAACCCUGCUGGCGGAAGUUCAUCUUCUGGAGCCCCACCAAGUGUUGCGGCCCCAUCUAGCGGGGCUCGCAUAAUUGGAGGACCUCUGCGUUUCCUGCGCUUUUUUGAAGGUGCAACGGAACACCCGGACUGGGAGGUAGUCCCCUCAGAAGCACCUGUGGCAGAUGUUGUACCUGUGGAAGAGGUGCCAUUGCCAGAAAUGCAAGAGCCUUCUGAGAUUCUUGCAGAUGAGCAUAGGAGGCAGUUGUGCAGACACCUACCAGCACGCGCAGAAAGCUACUCAUGGGCCUUGCUCUACAGCAGCCUGCGAGAUGGAUUCAGCCUCAAAACUCUGUACCGAGAAAUGAGGACAUACGAGGGCCCUGUACUACUUGUUGUCCUGGAUACCCAGGGCACCAUGUUUGGGGCAUGCGCUUCCUGUCCACUUAAGGUCAGCGACCACUUCUACGGCACGGGCGAGUCUUUCCUGUUCACGUUCCACCCCCGCUUCAGAGCGUAUCACUGGACAGGGGACAAUGCCUACUUCAUCAAAGGCAAUCCAGACUCUGUUGCCUUUGGAGCUGGCAAUGGACAAUUUGGGCUGUGGUUGGACGGAGACUUGUUCCAUGGACGCAGCCGUCGUUGCCAGACAUUCUGCAACCAAGUGCUGUCUCAGAAAGAAGACUUUGUGGUGAAGGCCAUUGAGGCCUGGGGCUUUGUUUGAAGCCCCUUUGCUGUGAUAGUGUGCAGACAAUCGUGUUUUCUGUAUAUAGUGUACAGAAUCUUUCUGCACUUGUUGGUCAAAAUCCCUGUCCUCGACAUAGCGGAUAGAGUGGAAGUUGGCGUCACAUCAGAAAGGAGAUUUAGAAGUAGUACAAUACUGUGAGCAUGUCUCUAGCUUUUGCACAUGUCCUCAGAGUGUGCAGGUGAAUGUUUCAGAAAUGUACUGCCUCAGUGUUUGUGCAUUAAACAUGGUGCAUAAGACUUUGUUUGCACCAAAUAAAAGUC